AGACACACUAAACGGUGGGUGAGACAGAUCCAGGAAGAGCUGGACAGAGACAGAUCAAGGCAGACAGGAGAAUGUCUCACCGGCUUCGGUUAUAUUUUGGAUCUGGACGCAGUAACACUGCGCCAGAGUUGGAGCAGCUGAAUGGGACUGUGGAAGACCGAGAUGAGAGAGGCUAUAGUGGCGCAGGGUCCAUGAUGUUCCAUGUGCAGCCACGAAACGGAGGACUUGUCGAAAGCCCGGAGUCGGGUUCAGUUGCUUUUUCGGAGGCCUCUCUAAAGCAAAGCUCUUCCAUGUUCAUCCCACAGCUCCAGAGUCAAACUGAACCACGGACAACCAAGAGCACGUCCGUCCAGAUAUCUCUACAACGCUCAACUGCAUCUCAAGAAGAUGCAUUGCCCUGUGAUCCACCUCCAGGGUACCCUCAGGAUCCAGCUCCAGCCUACACUGAGCCUGAUGAAAGUUGGUUCUUACCUCCUCCUCCAGCUUACGAUGGAGUAGAAUCCACUUCCUGCCAAAAUGUGGAGCAAAGUCAACCAGGUACUGAGCCGAUCCAACCUAAGAGGCGAGUCUUUUGUGUCCGGCCAUGUGAUGGACAAAAUGGUUACGCUAGUUUGAGUGUACCCAAUGGAAGUCCUCAAGGGAUUACCAUUGGAGGUUUCAGUAUUCGUAGAGGAUCUGCAGAUGGCUCCGAUGGCCAGGAGUUUAGGAUCAUGCCAUACAGCGAGGAUGGACAGAAUGGCCGUUGGUCUGUCCUGCAAAGCUCAGACAGAGGUCCUGGCACGCAAAGACUGGUCUUCCAGCUUCAACAGGACCAAGGACGGCACCCAAGCCCUACUUCUCAAGCUGACUUGAGUGAUUUAGGUAUUACAGGUUCUAAAGGCAGCCGCCUGGUGCGGUAUCCUCGGAUCCGUCUUGAGAGGAGCGCUUCACAGCCGUUGCAAUUCAGAGGAGCUCCUUCAUGCCUCGGAUCCAUGCCAAACCUUCAUGCCCCGAUCUCAGAAAUGGAGACUGAGAGUGAGAUUGUUGAGAACAGAGCUCAAGGCUGCACAUUCAAAAUUAGUAAGGAACAGAACUCGCGACAGUCCAAGUUUAAGAUCUAUUUCAGCCAGGGAGGCGAGCACAGCCCCAUCCAUGCACAGGAUAUUAGCUUUGGAAAGGCGCCUACCUGCAGCAAUCCACAGACCAGAGAUGACUUCCUUGGGCAGGUGGAUGUGCCUCUUACCCAUUUACCGACGGAGGACCCUGCAAUGGAACGGCCGUACACAUUUAAAGACUUUCUCCUGCGUCCAAGAAGUCCUAAGUCUAGGGUGAAAGGCUACCUGAGACUGAAAAUGGCCUACUUGCCAAAGAACGGCGGGCAGGAGGAGGAAACCAGCGAGAUGAGGGAAGAAGCUGAGGGCUGGGAGGUGACAGACUCCGCAGAUCCAGGUUCACAGAGACCUCAGCAGCUCCUGCCUCCACUGCCUCCGGGCUGGGAAGAGAAGGUGGAUAACCUGGGCCGGACAUACUACGUCAACCAUAACAACCGCACCACGCAGUGGAAGAGGCCCAGUAGUGUGGAUGUGGUUUCAGAAACGGAAAAUGAUAAUCAAAUGCGGCAGAUUAACCAGGAAGCCCACAGAGUUUUCCGCUCACGACGGCACAUUAGCGAAGACCUGGAAAAUGAGCAGCUGGACAUCAGGGACAUAGACGACUCAUGGGAACCCAUUUCUGAGGAAGACCCAACUUUAUUGACUGACGGUUUGAACCAUUCUCUGUCCGGACCCUCCUCUCUGGCGAUGCCCCUCUCCAGCACUCCAGAAAUCUCAGAUGAGAUCAGCCUUAGAUUGUCUCUCGCUCCAGACACAAACGGAGAAAUCCCAGGACCUAGCUCUGCUGUGCAGAGUCAUCUUUCCUCUCGGCUACGCUCCUCUAGUAUGACUGAUGGAGUCAGUGAACAAACUCAACCUCCCACACCAACGCAGAGCUCCCAGACCCGACGAACAAGAGCACAAACGGUCACAGGCGUUGAGGACACCAUGUCUCCAUCGGCCUCCUAUGCCCUGACCACACCAGGCCUUCCGCCAGGCUGGGAGGAACGCAAGGACCCCAAAGGACGAAUGUACUACGUCAACCAUAACAACCGUAGCACCACAUGGACACGGCCCAUUCUGCAGCACACUGAAGAUGGAGCCAGUACCUCAGCUGCGGCAGCAGGGGGCGCUACAGCAGCCGCCACACCUCCCGCUUCCACCCCUUCCUCCUCCAGCAACCAUCUAAUCGAACCACAAGUGCGCAGACCCCGUAGCCUCAGUUCCCCCACUGUCACUCUCUCUUCCCCAAUAGAGGGAGCCAAUAAUGCCCAAAUACGGCGAGCCGUAAAGGACACGUUUUCCAACCCACAGUCCCCCCAGCCUUCUCCCUACAGCUCACCUAAAUCCCAGCAUAAAGCAAACCAGAGCUUCCUGCCCCCAGGAUGGGAAAUGAGAAUAGCGCCCAACGGACGGCCUUUCUUCAUUGACCACAACAGCAGACACACUACAUGGGAAGAUCCACGCUUAAAGUAUCCCGUUCACAUGAGGACAAAAGCAUCCCUAGACCCUGGUGACCUCGGCCCACUUCCUAAUCUUCCAGAGGAGCCUGGGUGGGAGGAACGAGUGCACGCAGAUGGAAGAACCUUUUACAUUGACCACAACACCAAAAAAACACAGUGGGAAGACCCCCGCCUCCAGAGUCCUGCCAUAACUGGACCUGCGGUGCCGUAUUCUAGAGAGUUCAAGCAGAAGUAUGACUACUUCAGAAAGAAGCUAAAGAAACCGGCAGAUAUUCCGAAUCGUUUUGAGAUGAAGCUGCACAGGAAUAACAUCUUUGAGGAGUCAUACAGACGGAUCAUGUCCCUGAAGCGACCCGACAGCCUGAAGGCCCGUCUCUGGAUCGAGUUUGAAUCGGAGAAAGGAUUGGACUAUGGGGGCGUGGCCAGAGAAUGGUUCUUCCUGCUCUCCAAGGAGAUGUUUAACCCUUAUUAUGGGCUGUUUGAGUACUCAGCCACAGAUAACUACACCCUUCAGAUCAAUCCAAACUCCGGGCUGUGCAAUGAGGAUCACCUCUCAUACUUCAAGUUCAUUGGUCGGGUGGCUGGAAUGGCUGUGUAUCACGGCAAGCUGUUGGAUGGUUUCUUUAUUCGACCGUUCUAUAAAAUGAUGCUGGGCAAACAGAUCACCCUGAAUGAUAUGGAGUCAGUGGACAGUGAAUACUACAACUCUUUAAAGUGGAUUCUGGAAAACGACCCCACAGAAUUGGAUUUGCGGUUCUGUAUUGAUGAGGACAACUUUGGACAGACAUAUCAGGUGGAUUUGAAGCCAAGCGGAUCAGACAUGGUUGUAACCAAUGACAACAAAAAAGAAUACAUCGACCUGGUAAUUCAGUGGCGGUUUGUGAACAGAGUGCAGAAACAGAUGAACGCCUUUUUGGAAGGAUUCACCGAGCUCAUUCCCAUCGACUUGAUAAAGAUUUUUGACGAAAAUGAACUGGAGCUGCUGAUGUGUGGUCUGGGAGACGUGGAUGUCAAUGAUUGGAGGCAGCACACGGUUUAUAAGAACGGCUACUGUCCUAAUCACCCUGUGAUCCAGUGGUUCUGGAAGGCUGUUUUGUUAAUGGAUGCUGAAAAGAGGAUCAGACUUUUGCAGUUUGUCACCGGGACAUCCAGAGUGCCAAUGAACGGCUUUGCUGAACUCUACGGUUCUAAUGGGCCGCAGUUGUUUACUAUCGAGCAGUGGGGGACACCUGAAAAGCUCCCUCGUGCUCACACCUGCUUUAAUCGUCUGGACCUCCCGACGUACGAGUCGUUUGAAGACCUGCGAGAGAAGCUUCUGAUGGCGGUGGAGAACGCCCAAGGCUUUGAAGGCGUCGACUAAAGAAUUCACGCCAAUGCAACCGACGAGCAAAGACAUGUACAACACGCACACAUCUAUACUCACAUAUACACACUCUCGAGUUGCCAUUGUACAGCCAGAACUCAGCGGUCGCAUGUAUGUGUGUGUGAUGUCAGCACACGGUAUAUGCAUGUAUCUGUCUUGCUGGAACGACAUUGGCUAUGAACGAGUUUUGACGCCAAACAGCCCCACAAAUCAUGUUCUCUCCCAACACGUUUGAUUUUUAAAUCCAGCUCUGAGGCCAUGGCGACUUUUAUAUUGACAGUAAGCGAAACCUCAGUAUUUGAAGGCCUCAGUGGGUGUGGCCUCAGAGUGGGUGUGGCCUUGAACCAACAUAAAAACCACUGCAAUCAAUCCCAUUUUUGCAUUAACAUAAUAAAAGUUCAGUGAAGAGGCAGCAAUGGACUCUGUUAUCAGGUCUUAACACCAGAUUACCUUAGGAAACACAGCCAGGAUGAAGGGCGCACCCUCAUCCUCCCUUAUCCGGCAAAGCGCGCCAAGUGUCCCCUUCCUUCGUCGAGGAUUAUUUUUUAUCUUCUUUUGCAACGCCAAGAAGCAACGAGAUGUUGAUAAUUGUUUUUAAUAGUUUAUUAUUAUCGCUGUUAUUAUGAUACUGUUGUCAUUCUUACCGAGUAAACGGAUAUUGGUACCAACAAUGUGGUUUACUAUUUUAAACAACGUUAUUGAAAAUGCAUCGAUUGCCUGGCUAUAUCCAUAUCAUCGUGGGUAAAAGAAAAAACACACAAAAAAACAAACAAACAAACAUGAUUAUUGUAUUGCUAUGAAAACUGGCAUGAACAUGUAUCUUGUGUUUCAAUAUGAUUACGUAGUAAUUAUAAAGCUAUUCUCCUUCUUGGUUGAGAGCAAAGAUUGAAAAAAUCGUUACGGACAUGCGUUGGACAUGUAAACGAGCGUGUCACAGAGGGUUUUCUUCAAUUGUAAUAAGUAUUGUUCUUAUCUUAAUUAUGAUUAAACCUGUUCAUAAUGCUGUAAAUGAGUUUGUUUUUGGGAAAGACGCGGUUGGACUCUUUUACUGUACGUGUUAAAUCUGUUGGAAGUAUUAAAGAGCGACACGGAGUGUAGCUAUCUUAAAAGCGCUGUGAUUCAACACUGCAAGUCUAGUAGACUUUCAGGACGUAAACGUUUCUUUCUUUCUGUCUUUCUUUCAUUCUAUCUUGUUUCUUCUAACACCACUGUACCUAUAAGGGCACUUUAUUGAUCACACACUUGGGUCAUGUCACCUGUUUUAAUUUUUUUUUUGUGAACUUGAAUGUGAUUAUCUAUUUUUUUUUUUUUUUUUUUUAAAGCACUCAGUUACUUGGUGCAAUAUCUAUUGUUUAUAAUCGGCCUGCUGCUAACAUAUCAGAUGACAGCUCUUCCCUACCGCUGGCUGAUCUGAAGUCAGCCUGACUCUGACGUCUGGAUCAGCUCUGUAGGAACGAGCUCCACUUGGAGUAAGACUUCAGACUUUUUCCAUUUUCUUUUCUUUUUUCUGGACGCCUCCCCACUCACACUUUUCAGGCCGCUGUGGGUCUAUAGGUUUGUGAUAACAUUAUGAUUAUUGUUAUUGUUAUAAAUUACCCUUCCUCUUUUGUAGGGGCAGUUCUUUUUUUAUUGAUGAGGAACAUUUACUGUCUGGUUCCUGCUCACCAUGAGACUUUGCAAUUCGUAUAACUUCAUUCAAAAUAAACUGAUCAAUGGAAUUCA